GGCCAUCCACCAUACAAGGCAAUGGACUAGCGACGACUCUUGCAAACGUCCCAGAGACCCAAAAUGACUCCACCAUUGCACCUGGUUUGCCGGAAGGGGCGCCAACCCAACCAGCUGAAGAACUGCCUGGGCCGUUCCCAACCCAUCCUGAGGUUGUGCCUGAAAGUGGGUCUGCGACAACCACCCUGGCACCGGGAUAUCCAGAUGUUGUUCCAGGGGCGCCGUUUACCAGCCAGCCUCAACCUCCUGCAGCGCCUGAGCAAACCCAGCCCAGUUUCCCACCAUACACUUCUCCAGAAGCUACUCAAGCGCCCGCUCACGAAACCACGCCCCCAGCUGAGCCAUCGUCAACCACUCUCCAAUCAGAGGUGGGCCCGGAAGCAACAACUCCCGCGCUUGCUCCUGCUGAUCCAGACCAAGCCCAAACUGCCGAGGGAAAUGAGCCAGUGCCAGCAGAACAUCCUGCAGGUCCGGAAGGGGGGGACCUGGCCAGUGAAAGCCCCGUGCCGGAAGCUCCAGCAGAACCCGCCCCAGGCUCCACUUUGCCUCCUGCCAGCGCGUUCACUGCGUCUACUCCAACCACCUUAGCUGAACAUCCCCAAGGGACCACCACUGAAGAGGCUGCGGCCGCAACCACAGCCAACCCUGAGGUCAACACAAUACCAGGGGCAGGAAAACAGUCCCCAGACGUGAGUGAGGAGGAGUUGAAGCAUCCUCCCCACAUCCAUGCCAUUGAUGUGCAGUGCGGCAAAGAAAUGAUGACGAUCAACAUCGAAUUCAAUCGGGAGUUCAAUGGGGUGAUUUACUCCAAAGGCUUCCACAGCAGCCCAGAGUGCCGCUACGUGCAGGAGAACUCAGGUAACACGAAAUACACGUUCACGGUGAGCCUUGAGAAGUGUGGAACGGAGUUCGUGAAUGCAUUCGACACCCAAAAUCAAUCGUACUUGGAGAAUGUGCUCGUUCUGCAAAACGAGCCGGGGAUUCAGGAGGUGUGGGACACUGUUAGGUCGGUCAGAUGCCUUUGGGAGGGCAACAUCAAAGACACGUUGAGCGUGGCCUUCAGCAUUGGAAUGCUUAGUCAGGAAAUUAUAACCUUUAGUGGAGACACCGCCAUGGCUAAACUGGAUGUUCUGCUGGGACGUGGACACCUGGGGGCGCCAGCCAAUGGCUUGGUUAAAAUCGGCGAGGAAAUGACCUUAGUUGUGUCUGUAAGUGGUGAUCCAGGCUUCGAUGUGCAGGUGAAAGACUGCAAAGCAGUGGACACGGCUGGCGCAAACAGUAUCGCCCUAACCGAUGAAGAUGGUUGCAUAUUGAAGCCGAAACUGUUCGGCGCGUUCCAAAAGACCAGGGAAACUGGCGAUAGCGGAGCCUCCAUUAUGGCCUACGCCUAUUUCAAUGCCUUCAAAUUUCCGGACGAAAUGGACUUGAUGAUCGAGUGCAACAUAGAAUUAUGCAAAAGCGAUUGCGACAUUUGCUCCAAAGAUGACCAGCAAGUGAUCCCGGCCAGAAGACGCAGAAGGAACGUUAGCAAUAACGACACAGUCGUUGGGGAUUGGGUGACGAUGGGCAAACUGGUGCGAGUCAUUUUGCCAGAAGACCUCAAUGGGCACACUGCUCUGGAGAUAACCAGGAAAGACCACAUUUGCAUGUCCAUGCAAGGCUUUGUGUUUUCCACGGCCGUGUUGGUUUCACUUCUUGUUCUAACGAGUUUUGUCAGUGUGUGCUUGUGGCUGAAGAAGAAGGAGAAAAUGUACUUAAAGUACUAGAGCUGACAAAGGGGACUAAGCGCAACAAGAAAAUACUGCCUCAUCUAGUUGUUUGAAAAUGUGCAAAACCUGCAAUGGAAAAAUCGGGCCCUAUUCAUGCCAAUUGCCUGCCAAUUCUGAGAUCCGUGAUAGUUACUAGUUAUUUAUUUUAGGAAAACUGCUCAGUGUUUUUUCUUUCAUGUCCUCAAUGUGGUCAUAAAUUGGUUGAGAGAACACCAUUCCAUUAGGCGCCUUUCUUUGUAUAGACCUACUAGUUAAAGCAUAUCGGAUUGUAUGUAACAAAUAAGGAAAAAUGUGUAAAUAAACUUUGAAUUUUACCGUG